ACAAACCCUAAAAUCAGCUAGGGAAGAGUGUUGCACUUCAGAAGUGGUACUAGGGAGGCCCGGAAGGCGCUGGGCAAAGGGGCACAGGAGCACAGGAGCACAGGAGCGCACAGCAUUGCUUUUGGACUUGGUGUCUGGUUUUGCUGCGGGAAUUGGAUCCUGCACCAGCCACAGCGUGAGGGAUUAUACCCGCAAAGAUGGACGUUGCGACGGCCCGCGUUCGUAUACCUCCUUGGUUCAGCACAAUAUCAACUGCAGCCUCUUGCUCCGACACUUCCAUAGCAACCCGCCAGUCCUACCCCAUAACAAGGACACACCCCCGACGACCUCAUAGUUGUCGCACCGCAGCCGCUCUCACAGGGUUUAGCCAUGGGCUGGGAUGCUCCCUGAGCGGCCUAGAAGAAACCCCGAUGGUUAGUGGUAAACCCCCCCUGGUGAGGAGUGGAAGAACAGGGGUGGUGUGCAUGGCAAACCCGAGGCGGGUUAAGAUGGUGGCGCAACAGCUCAAGCGGGAGAUAUCUGACAUGCUGCUCAAAGACUCCAUUCUACAGGAGGCGAUGAUGCCGGAGAGAGCGCUCGGGGUGGACCUCUCGGUGUCGUCAGUGGCGUCGGUCACUGAUGUUAUGUUGUCUAACGACCUUCAGGUAGCCAAGGUAUACGUUUCUGUCUAUGGGGACAAGGACGGAAUUGACCGCGCGUUGAAGGGCCUGGUAGAAAAGCAGCGGUACGUGCGCUCAGGGAUCGCAAAACGGAUGUCGCUGCGCCUUACGCCAGACAUCCGGUUCAUCUCAGACGAGGCGCUCGAGCGGGGCACAGAGGUUCUAGCCAUUCUGGACAGCCUGAGAAAAGAGCGCGAGGCGCUCGAGAAGGGCCUCAAAACGCCCAACUACGAGAUCCCCGACGAUUACGACGACGAAGAAGAGUUUGCGGUGCGAUCGGUGGACGGGGGCGCGGAAGAAGGGGAGGAUGCGGAAACUGCGGAAGGGGAUGACUGGGACGAAACCGACGAUUGGGAGACGAGUCCAGAGGAGAACUGGGACGAUGAAGACACCGGGGCGUUUGGCGUGGGGAAAGACGACGAUGACUGGGGCGCGUCCACGAGUCGAAGUAAGGUCGAGCUUCCAGAAAAGUACAGAGGUCGGGAGCUUUCAAUUGCUGAGAUUCUCAGCUUUGAUGACGACGUUGGGAAAAAGAAGGUGAAUGAGAUGCGGAGUAGCAAAAAGAUUGCCAAAAGGAAAGGCAAGAAGAGGUAGGGGUUGUCUAUCAAGUUGGAUCUCGAGGUAAAGGUACGGUUGACCAUUGAGGGAAAUUGUUUAAGGUACACAUCCGGAAACUGGCCUGCUCAUCCAUCAUCCGGCCCGCGCUAAGUGAUUACAGCUUAUGCACAGCUGAAUGCGCGGUGGGUGAUGCACUAACCAGUACUGAUCAUUACAUUCUUAAACCGUCCGCUCUCGCAGGCUG